AUGGCAACGGUAACGACAAAUGGUCCCAUUCAAGCAUUGAUAACGACGAAGCUCCGGCAGAGAUUUUUGCCCUCCCAUCUGACCGUGGUUUGCGAAAGCUACAUGCACAACGUACCAAAAGGUGCGGAGAAACAUUUCAACGUUCAAAUAGUCAGCGAAGAAUUCGAGGGCAAAUCGGUUAUACAGAGGCAUCGGCUUGUCAAUGAAUGUCUGGCCGAAGAGCUUGCAGGCCCCGUUCAUGCUUUACGAAUCGACGCAGUGCCCACAUCAAAAUGGAAAGGGCAAGAACCCGCACCAAGCCCGGCAUGUCGUGGUGGAGGACAUCUC